ACGACAGAAAUAGAGCUCAGACUACAGAAUCAGAGAGAGAGAGAACGAGACAGAGAGAGAAAGAGAGACAUAGAGAUAGAGAGCCAGUUGUUCUUACUUGUCCUGCUGUCACAAACAAACAGAUGCGCGCACCCUCUGAGAGACCUUCCUGGAGUACACCGGAGUGUGUGUUCGUGUGCGCGUGUGUACAGCGCGGUAGACGCGUGUAACAGGAGAGACGCUUUCUGAGGAGACUCGGAUGAGACAUGCUUUAACGGAGUGUGUUCCGCUGCCUGAUCGCCACGGGGGACCCUCUCUCUCACACACACACACACACACACAAACACACACGGCACCGUGCAGCACAGCGCUCACCGUCGCCCUGACAACUAGAAUGGGCUGCAAUUUGUGCACUUUACAGAAGCGGGAGGAACACUACAAGCUGCUGUAUGAGAUUGCUCAGGUGAAUGGGCGGGACUUCUCGAAGGCGGGGUCGGAGGACGCGGUGGUGGAGGCCAUGAGGAGGGAGCCCAUCGUGGUGCAGGUGCUGCGGCGGACUCCCCGUCUCCACGGCGACAGACAGGAAGUGGGCGUGGCGGACGUGUGCACGCAGACGGACAUCACCUUUGAACACAUCAUGGCGUUGGCCAAGCUCCGCUCACCCACCCCUCCUGUACCGGACAUCUGCCCCUUCCUGCUGUCUGAUAGCUGUCACUCCCUCCACACCAUGGAGCCAGAGUUCUACGAGUGUCCGGAGUACCUGUCCCAGGCCCCGGCCCAGGGUGGCAGAGUGGAGGAGAUGGAGUAUGAGGAGGUGGAGCUACUCAGGCUGAACAGCCAGGAGAAGUUGGGUCUGACCUUGUGCUACAGGACUGAUGAUGAGGAGGACACAGGCAUCUACGUCAGCCAGGUGGGAACCAACAGCAUCGCUGGCAGAGACGGGCGGAUCCGGGAGGGAGACAGGAUCUUACAGAUCAAUGGCUGCGACGUGCAGGACAGAGAGGAGGCGGUGGCUCUGCUGAGCAGAGAAGACACCAGGAGCAUCAUGCUACUGCUCACCAGGCCAGAGACACAGAUGGAGGAGGUGUGGCUGGACCAGGACCACAGGGACUUCCUGGAGGAGCUGAAGAUGGAAAUCCUUCAGGAUCAGAGGAGAGGGCUCCGGGGUCGAGAGGAGGUGGAGGAGGACACGACCGACACGGCCACCUGCUCCUCGCUCCUCCAGGAGAAGGACAGUGGUCUGGGUCGCCUGGAGGACAGCUCUGAGCAGGAGCUCCAGCUUGCCCAGGUAUGCAGGCGGCCUGCCCAGGUCCUGAGGGCCCGGACGCGGAAAGGACAGGGGCAGGGCGGUCGGGGGGAGACCCAGGGAGGCCACUCCUUCACCACAGCCCAGGGGAGAGACGGCGGAGUGGGCAGAGGCGGGUGCGGGGUCGGGGUGGAGUGUGACCGUUUCCAACAGCUCCUGGAGCUCAAGUGUCAGAUCGGGAACAGCGGGGAGUGUGGCCUGUUCUACAGCAGACGCAGCACCAUCGAGUGUAGUGUGACGGAGCCGAGAGGAGGAGGAGGAGGAGGAGCAGGGGUGGAGCAGGAGCUAAGGAUGCUGAACGAGGAGCUGAGGAGCAUUGAGCUGGAGUGCCAGAGCAUCAUGCAGGCCCACCAGCUCCGUCAGACCCAGAAGGACCCCCCGUCCUCUCCCUCCCUUUCCCCAGGAAGGAGCCCCAGAGACGGGCUGCGGUGCCACGGUCGGCUGGCUGACAUCCGGGAGCAGCCUGGUCUGGAGAAGGGCGACAGUGACAGGAUCAGGGACAAGGACAGCUCCAGCGCCUACCACACGGCCGACAGCGCCCGCUCCACGCCCCUGGGGGUGGAGAUGUCACCCGAACACUCCCUCCAGAGACACAUCAGUCUGACCAAUCAGAGGAACCUCCGCAGUACCCUGGCCUGUGCCUCCACCCACACCCCGUCCCACCCCAGGCUAGACCCGUCCCCCGUCAUCUCCAGCAGCCCGGACCAGAGCAACCCCUCCCCCUCGGAGUCAGACCCCGCCAUGCCCGCGGACGACGAGCGUUGUGACAGGAAGGGGCGGAGCCGCGGGGGUCAGAGGGCGCCUCCCUACGCGUCGCCCUAUCACACGGCCCCGCAUCCCGGAGCCGCCUCACACAACAAGCAGCUACAGUCCUACAUGCAGCUGCUCCAGCAGAGCUCGUCCCUGGACUACUCCCAGAGCCAGGUGAGUCUGCUCAGCCUGGGGGUGUGCCCAGCACCCCUGCACCGCCCUCCCCGCCCCGGGGAGCCCCGACUGGAGUGGAGGGUCAAAGUGCGCGCCGACGGCUCCCGCUACGUGGCCCGCAGGCCGGCGAGGGACCGCAUCCUGAGGGAGCGGGCGCUGCGCAUCAGGGAGGAGAGGAGCGGGGGCAUGACCACGGACGACGACGCCAUGAGCGAGAUGAAGAUGGGACGCUACUGGAGCAAGGAGGAGAGGAAGCAGCAGCUGGCUCGAGCGAGGGAGCAGAGGAGGAGGAGGGAGCUGCUGCAGCGCAGCCUGAGGGAGGGCCCGGCCAGCGGGGCCGAGGGCAGGAAGGAGGUGAACAUCGUGGAGCUGAGCCACAAGAAGAUGAUGAAGAGGAGGCACCGCAAGAUCCUGGACAGCUGGAUGACCAUCCAGGAACUGAUGAGUCACGGGGCUCGAAGCCCCGCCCCCGAGGGGGCCCGUGUCCACAACAACUUCCUGUCUGUCACCACGGUCUAGGCAUGUCUGCUCAUGAACGAACAGACACCAACGUAUACAGAUUCUGUGUUUCCUGGACAGUCGAUCACAUGUUCAAGACAGUCCUUAUUAAAAAGGGGUUGUGUUCAUGUUGGUCUGUAAAGCCUGAUUAUAGAGAACUGUGUUUGACUCUCUCCUCCCCUCGGUCGCUCUCUCAUCGCCAGCUUAGCGGUACAGGAUGUCUUUCGCCUCAAUGUGGCGUUUUUUUCUAAGGGAAAACAAUAUUUUUCACACUUUACAAGCUUAGUGACAUUUUGUAACGUUUUUUUACAUUGGGUGUGGAUGUACUGUAAAUGUUUUUGUAACUGCUUGUCUUAAGAUCACUUGACCAAGUCUACGUUUCCUUUUGAUAACACAACUUUGUAAGGUACAUCAGGAUGAUGAUGAAGCCAGAAUUGUAGUACGUGCAUCCAGUUGAUAUCUCGACAAAGAAAUUUGUGUCAACAAGUCGACGAUGAGAAGACACCCCCUCUCUCUCUGUUCUCCUUUCUCUCUGCCAGCACGGCCAAUAAGACAGAGUUGAGACACAACAACUAGUAUCCAGUCUGGCCCUGUAACUUUCGGCCUCCUCUCUGUCUCAUUAAACUAGGUUGUGCUUUCAUGGUGAGUUUUCCUGGAAGCUUCUGAAAAUGUGUCUGUGAAUGUGUCACUAGACCCAGGCGGCUGACACCCUACAAGGUGUGCCUGAUGCAGUUAUCUGCCUCCUGAAACACUUCACUCCUCAACAGUCUUACCUCAAAACACAGAAUAUCAGUUACAGCAGUCCGAUCUCAAACGUUUUACGUAUUUUUACUGUUUCAAAGCUUUUUUUAAUUUAUUGAAAAUGUAUGACAAAAAAUGAUUUGGGAUAUGUUCGAAGAUAUUGCCUUGACAUCUCUGAACUGCCAAAAUGCAACAAGUUACUGUCUAUAAGGUACUACAUGUAUAUUUAUGUCUUUUUCUUCAAAACGGUGCUUGCUUCUGUCCAGUUUCCUCCACUGCGAGACGCCUUCCCACCUGGCCUCACUCGGAGACAGACAGGACAGUAUGAAGUUGCUGAACUGCUGGUUCACGUAUGCGGAUUGUCAUUACCAUGCAAAAGAAACGUUAAUAAAUUACUGUU